GAUAUAAAAGGGGCGCCGUCCCCUUCGCCUUCCUUCUUGAUGAGCCGCUUGUUGAGUCGUGGUGCAGAAUGUCAAAUAUCCUCAAGAUGAUUCCAUCGGUUAUUCUCAGCACUGGUGCGAAGAUGCCAAUCGUGGGGCUUGGAACGUGGGUGCAGAAGUCAGAACCAGGGCAGGUCCGUGAGGCGGUGAAGGUGGCUAUAGGCAACGGCUACAGGCACAUCGACGGCGCUUACGCAUACGAGAACGAACAGGAAGUCGGGGAGGGGAUCCACGCCAUGAUUGAUCAGGGAGUGGUGAAGAGAGAGGAUCUGUUCAUCGUCAGUAAGCUGUGGUGCACCUGCCAUAUCCCGUCCAUGGUGAGGGCGGCAUGUGAGAAGACUCUCAGUGACCUGAAGCUGAAAUACCUGGACCUGUAUCUCAUGCAUUUUCCAACAGGGAUGAAGCCUGGGAAGGAGAUUUUCCCAUUAGACGAGGAGAAGCAAGUCAUUCCCUCCGGCUCGAAUUUCUUGGACACUUGGGAGGAAAUGGAGAAGCUGGUGGACGCUGGCUUGGUCAAAGCCAUCGGCAUCUCCAACUUCAACAAGGACCAGAUUGAAUCCAUGCUAAACAAACCAGGUCUCAAGCACAAGCCAGUAACCAAUCAGAUUGAGUGCCACCCGUACUUGACCCAGGAUAAGCUGAUCAACUACUGCCACUCCAAGGGGAUCUCAGUGACAGCUUAUGCCCCUCUGGGCUCUCCUGAGAGGCCCUGGGCCACCUCCGACGAUCCCUCACUGCUGGAGAACGCCACGAUCAAGGCUAUUGCUGCAAAGUACAAGAAAACAGCAGCACAGGUUCUCAUGAGGUUCCACACCCAGAGAAAUGUGAUCGUCCUCGCCAAGUCCAUCACACCCAGCCGUAUCAUUGAAAACAUCCAGUUGUUUGACUUUGAGUUGAGUGAAGACGACAUGAAGAAGAUCCUGGGCCUGAACAAAAACUGGAGAGGAUUUCCAGCAGAGUGGGCUACAAAACACAAAGAUUACCCCUUUGGCACUGAAUUUUAGCUCUUCUUCAAUCACAAGCUCUCCUGUGGACUUCUUUAACUGCUUAAGUCUACAUUGUUAUCAAACAGUUAUCAAAAUGGCACACUUUUGUAAACAGAGCUCCAGUAACUCUUGCACUUAUUCACUGAUAUUUUUAUAUUUUCUGCAUUUAAACAUUCAAUAAACAAGUAAACAUGUUUUUUAGGAAGCAGUUGAUGUUAAAUGAAUGUCACUUUGAUGCAAAAUUAAUAAAAACAAUAUGGCUGCAUAAGCAAAUA